AUGCAGCGUCCCGACGAGGCAACGAAGGACUUCAUUGUGGAAAUUCGGAAGAAGGCCUGCAGUUGCAACUUUGGCGAGGCACGGGACAGGAUGCUACGAGACAAACUUGUUUGUGGUUUACGUGGUGCCGGCGUUCGUCGGAAGCUUUUGGCAAGACCUUCGCUGACGCUGGAAGAAGCCGAAGAUAUAGCGUUAGCAGCAGAGAUGGCAGCUCUCAACGUUGAUCACAUGGAGAGGACACAGGAUUAUGGCGACGUCCAUGCCAGACUUAUGGAUGGCAUCCUGCAAGGCAUUCCGGGCAUUCAAGUAUAUUUGGACGAUGUGGUAGUCGCGGAGAAACGCGGCAACUGCGAGACGCUGCGUGAAGUUUUCAGACGUUUCCGGCAACACGGUGUCAAGCUGAAUCCGCAGAAAUAUCACCAACCUCUUCUGAGCCUUUUCAGCCCCGACAAGCCCGUUCCCGUCAUGGCCGCUGCCCGGAUUCAGCGUUGGUCCCUCUUGCUAAGCGCCUACAACUACAAAAUUCAGUUCAAGCCAGGAAAGACGUUGAUUCCGGCAGACACCCUCAGCCGUUUACCAGUGCGGCAGGAGCAUAGCAACACUAAGGCUGCAGAAGAUGACGCUCGUGAGUAUGUUCUUCUGACCGAUCACCUCAAUACCUGUCCUCUGUUGGCGAGUGACUUGGCUAAAAUGACUGUUGACGACAGCGACCUCGCGCAAGUCCGCGAUUACAUUCAGAAUGGCUGGCCACGGUACUUGCAACCGGCUCAGGAGCCGUUACGCGUGUACAUGCACAGGAAAGACGAACUGACGUACAGCCAUGGAAUUGUGUACUGGGGCCAUCGAGCGGUUAUUCCGACAAGUGCGCGGCAGUCAAUGCUGCGUAUGCUGCAUGAUGCACAUCAAGGGAUAACGGCUAUGAACCUGGCACGUUCUGUUUUUUGGUACCCAGGGAUCGAUCGGGACAUUGAGAAGCUGGUCAACGCGUGUCCAACAUGCAUAGAAUGGGGCACUAUGCCUCCUGCCCGACAACCCGUGCCUUGGCCGGACACAGAGGAGCCAUGGUCUAGGGUCCAUGUCGAUUUUGCGGGUCCUGUGGAAGGUGACAUGUUGUUGAUCGUGGUUGAUUCCCAUACGAAAUGGAUCGAGGUUACCGCCAUGAAGACCGCCAGUUCGGCAAAGACAAUUGAAGCACUGCAGACUCGGUUCGGUUUGCCGAGGACCCUGGUGACGGACAACGGGCCGCAGUUUAGUAGCGAAGAGUUCAGGGUAUUUAUGAAGCGCAAUGGCAUCGCUCAUUUGCGGACAGCUCCCUACAAACCGCAGUCUAAUGGCCUGGCGGAAAGAGCAGUACGGACUGUCAAACAGGGGUUAAACGAAAACACAAGCGGCAGUUUGCAAGCUCGGCUGGACCACAUUGUUUCGCAUUAUCGGCGCACUCCCUUGCCAAAUAGGCAAACCCCAGCUUCUAUGCUUCUCGGAUAUCAGCCACGUUCUUUAUUGCACAACGUCGUGUCACGACCAUUCCCUUCUGCAGGUGCGUGCAACAGUGGCCAACCGCUGAGCAAAGACGUCUGGUUCAAGAACUACGGAGUGGGUGACAAAUGGAAACCAGGCGCGGUAGAGUCCACCGAAGGCUCGCGAAUGGCAACGGUAAGGACUGCAGAUGGGGAGCAACAUCGCCGCCACCUCGACCAGCUAAAAACCAGGAGGACCAGCGUGGGAGGAGAAGCGGUGGAACCCGAGGCCCCCAUGCAAGUACCAACGACUAAAGGCAGCCAGAACGCAGCGGCAGACUCGCAGUGUCAAGGACACGACAGCAGUCAGUCAGGCUCAAACCUAGGAGGCACCCGCCUGCGGACCAGGUCGCCCGAUGUGCCUGCAGCUGGCGCAGAUCAACUAGCCAGUGGCUGGAUAGUCACUGCCCAGUACUGCAGCGGCCUGGUGUUCCGCGUACAGCAGCGCAACGUCACAGCAGCGCGGCGCCAUAGCCUCUGA